UUUUCUAAUCUCUCAUUCCAAGACUUUUUCUUGAUUCAUUUCCAUUUUUCCUUUCAAUCUCUUACAACUUCACUACCAAGGAGACCAAACCCUUUAAGCUUCUCACUCCUUUCUCUCGAUCUCUCUCACUCUUUCUCACACAACUCACUAUGUCAGGUGGAGUUGGUCCAACUGCAGACAUUAGCCUUCCCAAAGAACAAGAACAUGAGUUCAAAGAACACCAUGACCCAAUUUCGUCCUCAAAACUCAGCCCUAAAACUUCAAAGAGCCAAACCCCACACACCACCACUAACCGAAAACCAGGUUUGUUCUCCUUCCGGCAGCUCAAUGCCCUCGCCGUCAUCAUUGUCCUCUCAGCCAGUGGCAUGGUAAGCCCUCAAGACCUGGCCUUUGUUCUCUUCUCCAUUGCCUACAUGUACUUCAUCUCAAAAGUUGCUUUCCCCAUGCAAUCUUCCACUAAAGACCCUCCAGUCUUCAGCCCCCAAAACAAGAUCCUACGCCUCUAUGUCCUCUUGGGUGCCAUCAUAGGCCUAGUACUCCCCAUAGCUUACAUCUUCGAGGGCAUUUUCGAGGGUGACAAGCAAGGAAUCAGCGCAGCCUCGCCACAUGUUUUCCUUCUUGCAAGUCAAGUUUUCAUGGAAGGGUUGGCUUUCACCGACAGGUUUUCGAUCCCAAUACGCGUUUUCGUGCCGGUUUUUUACAACUCCAGGAGAAUUUUCACCAUUGUGGAGUGGCUUACAAGUGAGUUUUCAAAAGGGUAUGAAGAGUAUGGUGGAUCUGCUAAGAGAUUAUACCUUGGCAGAGUUCUUGCUAUUGCUAAUAUGGCUUUUUGGUGCUUCAAUCUUUUUGGGUUCUUAUUGCCAGUAUAUCUACCUAGAGCUUUCAAGAAAUAUUACUCUACGCAUAAGGUGAAAGAAUAUUGAAAUGUUUAAGGCCAUACCUUUUUGUUUUUGUUUAUCAAUCUCAGUCGUGUAAGCAAAGAAAUGAAUAAAAGAUCUUUAUAGGAUUUGGGUUUU